UAAAGGUCUUGACCUUUAAAAGGUUAAAUUGUGAAGUGAAAAGUUUCUUUGGGCAGAAUUAAUUGAAAUACAAUUACAGACUCUACAGACUUAAAAAUGUAUUUUGACAUUUAAAGAAAAGGCUGAUUUUGCUUUUUACUUCUUAAUGUAUUUAGCAGGAAAGUCUUAUUGACAGUGUUCUUUACGUCCGCUCAUUAUCAGCCUCAUUAAUGUAAGUGGGCUACGGCUGAGUCUGAUGGAAUCUAGUGCCAAAAAGCUGAACGUGACUGUUUCAUUUAUUUUGAGUAGCUGGUGGAGUGACGUGAGUCAGAAUGAGCACGUGCCGUCAUUUCCUUUGUUGUAUGACGAUAUCGAUUCCAUCAGCUCUCACGCGCCUCUUUAAUGUUGUGGCACAUGGCUCGCUGAUGCGCACGUGCGCGGGCACCUGCCUGGUCCUUCCCACCGCAGUGCACCUUCUCCCUUAAACUGCACCACUGCGCGAGCCACACUGGCUCUUAACGCGCAGCCGCGCUCCAAUCAGCGCGCCCCUCAGAUCCAAAAUGGUGUCCGGUUUCCUCACCCAGCGAGCUCUGCGGGACGGGUUGCCAGGGCAACGUCCGUCACGCUUAGAUUACGUAAUGCUACAGUGGACAGUGUUUGUUGAGGAUGACUCUAGAGAAGGAUGUAGAGUUAUUGAGCCCUUAGAUGAGACUAGCGCGUCUUAGCCCACUGAUUUGCGUUAAUGCAAAAGCUGUAAUAAUUCUCAAUAAAGACAACUUGUCAGAUCAUAAACAGAUUAAAAAGCGUCUGCAGAUUUGGUGACCGGCAUGUUUCUGCGACGGGAGAGAGAGGGAAUAGAGCAAGAGCUGGUCCGAGUCUGCGUGAGUGCGCGCACUUGUGCGCGUUUGGUGGAGGGAGAGUGCGCAACAGAGAGCGAGGGACGGGACACUGCGCGCUUCCAACUUCACUAAAGUUGGUGGCGGAGCCGCAUCCGCGCGUCCUUGCGGAGAUGCGGCGGUCAAACGAGGUGGAAGCGACGCAGGUUUAACGACAAUUCAGACGGCGACUGUUGUUGAGCUCAAGAUGACGGUACUGAAAGAAAUCCCGGAGAAAUGGUUUCCCAUCAUUCUUCCCCAGCAAAGGAAGAAGCACAAAGGACUUGAUGGGGGCAAAUCGAAAAAGAAUCGGGCAGAGGAGGAGAGAAGAGUCCGAGCCAACGACAGAGAGUACAAUGAAAAGUUCCAGUAUGCAAGCAACUGCAUCAUGACAUCCAAGUACAACGUCAUCACCUUUCUGCCCGUCAACCUGUUCGAGCAGUUCCAGGAAGUAGCCAACACCUACUUCCUGUUCCUGCUCAUCCUGCAGCUGAUUCCCCAGAUCUCCUCCCUCUCCUGGUUCACCACCAUCGUGCCUUUAGCUCUGGUGCUGAGCAUCACCGCGGUGAAGGAUGCCACGGACGACUACUUUCGCCACAAGAGCGACAACCAAGUGAACAACCGUCAGUCUCAGGUCCUCAUCCGUGGCUCCCUUCAGCAUGAAAAGUGGAUGAACGUCCGUGUGGGCGAUAUCAUUAAACUGGAGAACAAUCAGUUUGUGUCAGCCGACCUGCUGUUGCUGUCCAGCAGCGAGCCUCACGGCCUCUGUUACAUCGAGACGGCCGAGCUGGACGGGGAGACCAACAUGAAGGUGCGGCAGUCGGUCUCGGUCACGUGUGAACUCGGAGACCCCAACAACCUGGCGUCGUUUGACGGGGAGGUGGUGUGCGAGCCUCCCAACAACAAGCUGGACCGCUUCUGCGGGACCCUGCACUGGCGCGGCAGGAGGUACGGCCUCACCAACCAGAACAUGCUGCUGCGGGGAUGCGUGCUGCGCAACACCGAGGCCUGCUACGGCCUGGUCAUCUUCGCAGGCCCGGACACCAAGCUGAUGCAGAACAGCGGGCGCACCAAGUUCAAGCGCACGAGCAUCGACCGGCUGAUGAACACGCUGGUGCUCUGGAUCUUUGGCUUCCUGGUGUGCAUGGGCGUGAUCCUGGCUGUGGGCAACGCCGUGUGGGAGGGCGAGGUGGGCUCCUUGUUCCAAAGCUACCUGCCGUGGGAGCCGCCCGUGGACAACUUCCUGUUCUCCGCCUUCCUGUCCUUCUGGUCCUACGUCAUCAUCCUCAACACCGUGGUGCCUAUCUCUCUGUAUGUGAGCGUGGAGGUGAUCAGACUGGGUCACAGCUACUUCAUCAACUGGGACCAGCAGAUGUUCUGCGCGCAGUGCAACACGGCCGCCGAGGCCCGGACCACCACCCUGAACGAGGAGCUGGGGCAGGUCGAGUACAUCUUCAGCGACAAGACGGGAACGCUCACCCAGAACAUCAUGACCUUCAACAAGUGCUCCAUCAAUGGAAAAACCUAUGGUGAAGUUACGGAACCACUUGGACCUCAGCCGAAGAGGCUGGACUUCACCCCCUUCAACCCCCUGGCCGACCCCAGCUUCUGUUUCUAUGACGACGCGCUGCUGGAGUCGGUGAAAGUGGGAGAAUCGCUGACUCACGAGUUCUUCCGCCUGCUGUCGCUGUGUCACACCGUGAUGAGCGAGGAGAAGAGCGAGGGAGAGCUACUGUACAAGGCCCAGUCCCCGGACGAGGGCGCGCUCGUUACGGCGGCGCGCAGCUUCGGCUUCGUCUUCCGCUCGCGGACGCCCGGGACCAUCACCACCACAGAGAUGGGGCGACCCGUCACCUACACGCUGCUCGCCAUUCUGGACUUCAACAAUAUACGCAAGAGGAUGUCCGUUAUCGUGCGUAACCCAGAGGGCAGGAUCCGUCUGUACUGCAAAGGAGCCGACACCGUGCUGCUGGAGAGACUGCAGCCCUGUAACCAGGAACUGAUAAAUAUCACCUCAGACCACCUCAACGAGUAUGCGGCGGACGGCUUGCGGACCCUGGCCCUGGCCUACCGCGACCUGUCCGAGGACCAGUGGGAAGCGUGGUCGGAGAGCCACCGGUGCGCCGACAAAGCCACCGACUGCAGGGAGGACCGGCUGGCGGCCGCCUACGAGCACAUCGAGCAGGACAUGAUGCUUCUGGGAGCCACGGCCAUAGAAGACAAGCUGCAGGAGGGCGUCCCGGAGACCAUCGCCGUCCUCUCCCUCGCCAACAUUAAAAUCUGGGUUCUGACUGGAGACAAGCAGGAGACCGCCGUCAACAUCGGCUACUCCUGCAAGAUGCUGACAGACGACAUGACCGAGGUGUUCAUCAUCAGCGGACACACUGUGCAGAGCGUCCGGCAGGAGCUCAGGAGGGCGAGGGAGAGGAUGAUCGCGGUGUCGCGAGGCCGAGAUGGGGGGAAGGAGGGAUGGGGGGAGGCGCGCUGCGCGGACAACGGGUGCAAAGGGGGACAGGGGGGAGACGCAGGAGGGGGAGAGAAGCAGCUGCAGUGCUCUGCCCCACCGCCCUCCAGCUUCAUGGACAGCAUCUCUGGAGAGUUUGCCCUGGUGGUCAACGGGCACAGUCUGGCCCACGCUCUGGAGGCCGACAUGGAGGCGGAGUUCGUGUCCACGGCGUGCGCCUGCAAGGCGGUGAUCUGCUGCCGGGUGACGCCGCUGCAGAAGGCGCAGGUGGUGGAGCUCAUCAAGAAGCACAGGAACGCCGUCACGCUGGCCAUCGGGGACGGCGCCAACGACGUCAGCAUGAUCAAGAGUGCUCAUAUUGGCGUCGGGAUCUCGGGCCAGGAGGGCAUCCAGGCCGUGCUGGCCAGCGACUACUCCUUCGCCCAGUUCCGCUUCCUCCAGCGGCUCCUGCUGGUUCACGGACGCUGGUCCUACCUGCGCAUGUGCCGCUUCCUCUGCUAUUUCUUCUACAAGAACUUCGCCUUCACCAUGGUGCACUUCUGGUUCGGCUUCUUCUGCGGCUUCUCUGCUCAGACGGUGUACGACCAGUACUUCAUCACUCUCUACAACAUCGUCUUCACCUCCCUCCCUGUGCUGGCCAUGGGGAUCUUUGACCAGGACGUUCCCGACCGGCGGAGUCUGGAAUACCCCAAGCUGUACGAGCCCGGGCAACUCAACCUCCUCUUCAACAAGAGGCAGUUCUUCAUCUGCAUCGCUCAGGGCAUCUACACGUCAGUGGUGCUGUUCUUCGUGCCCUGCAUCAUCCUGUCCGACGCCACUCAGAGCACCGGCGUGCCCCUGGCCGACUACCAGACCUUCGCUGUCGCCACGGCGACGGCGCUGGUCAUCGUGGUCAGCGUCCAGAUCGCCCUGGACACAGGCUUCUGGACAGUUUUCAACCAUGUGUUUGUCUGGGGCUCUCUGGGCUCUUACUUCACCAUCAUGUUUGCUCUGCACAGUCAGAGUCUCUUCGGGAUCUUUCCUAAUCAGUUCCACUUCGUAGGUAGUGCCCAGAGCACAUUAUUGCAGCCCGUCGUGUGGUUGACUAUUGCACUGGCGACAGCGAUAUGUGUAGUUCCCGUCUUGGCCGUGCGCUUCCUCAAGCUGGAUCUCAAACCUCAGCUCUCAGACACGGUGCGCCACACUCAGCUGGUGCGGCAGAAGAAGCGGAAGCCGGCGGGUUGCGGUGUGGGAGGGGCCUGGCGUGGGACGGGCAGCGCGUCGGAGGGCCGCCUGGGCGCCCGCGGCGGCUCCAGGAGGUCCGGCUACGCCUUUGCCCACCAGGAGGGCUUCGGGGAGCUGAUCACCUCAGGGAAGAACAUGCGGCUCUCGUCCCUGGCGCUGGCCACCUUCGCCUCCAGACACAGCUCCAGCUGGAUCGACACGCUCCGGAGGAAGAAGCAAGGCCCCGGCCCCCCCAGCGCCCCGGAGGAGGGCGGCCCGGCGCCGUCGGUGCCGCCACUCUCCAACUCCUCCUCGGUUCUGGGCGGCUCGCAGGACGCGCCUCUGGAGGAGGAGGCGGCCCGGAACACUCAGCCCGAUCCGGCUCCGUCACAGAUCGCACCAGCCCCGGCAUCCGAUUCAGGCGGAGCGGCACCUGCGGGUUCGGCCCAGGAAGCCGGCGCCGGGCCUCUCGGCGCCGCCACGGCGAGGUGUCACGGGGGAGACGCCCCUGGAGGCUGGAUGCUCACUCUGGGAUCUGUGCAGGUGAGCUGUCUGUACAUGGAGCCCUGUGACCGGUCCAGUGCACUGACUCCCGCCUCCUCCUCGCUCCCACAGGAGGAAGGGCGGCGCGGCCCGCACCGGCGCGGCCACCGGGUCGGCCGCACCCUCUGUCGCCACGGAAACCACCCAGCGAAGCUGAAGGCUGGAGGAUCGUAUCAAGCUGAUACAACGCACACAAAAUAA